AUGAGUGAGGACACAGUCCCUGAGGCGGCCUCGCCCCCACCCUCUCAAGGGCAGCACUACUUUGACCGGUUCUCUGAGGAUGACCCUGAAUACCUGCGCCUUCGCAACCGUGCAGCUGACCUGCGGCAGGACUUCAACCUGAUGGAGCAGAAGAAGAGGGUCACCAUGAUCCUGCAGAGCCCUUCUUUCAGGGAAGAGCUGGAAGGUCUCAUCCAGGAACAGAUGAAGAAAGGCAACAAUUCCUCCAACAUCUGGGCGCUUCGACAGAUCGCGGACUUCAUGGCCAGCACCUCCCACGCAGUCUUCCCAGCUUCUUCCAUGAACUUCUCCAUGAUGACACCCAUCAAUGACCUCCACACUGCUGACUCCCUGAACCUGGCCAAGGGGGAGAGGCUUAUGCGGUGCAAGAUCAGCAGUGUCUACCGUCUCCUGGACCUCUAUGGCUGGGCGCAGCUCAGCGACACCUAUGUCACGAUGAGAGUGAGCAAGGAGCAAGAUCACUUCCUGAUCAGCCCCAAAGGGGUUUCCUGCAGCGAGGUCACGGCAUCCAGCCUGAUCAAGGUGAACAUUCUGGGAGAGGUGGUAGAGAAGGGUAGCAGUUGCUUCCCAGUGGACACCACAGGCUUCAGUCUGCACUCAGCCAUCUAUGCCGCCAGGCCCGACGUGCGGUGCGCCAUCCACCUGCAUACGCCUGCCACAGCUGCGGUGUCAGCUAUGAAGUGUGGCCUCCUGCCUGUCUCCCAUAAUGCCCUGCUGGUGGGGGACAUGGCCUACUAUGACUUCAAUGGGGAAAUGGAGCAGGAAGCAGAUCGAAUCAAUUUGCAGAAGUGCCUUGGACCGACCUGCAAGAUCCUGGUGCUGAGAAACCAUGGCAUGGUCGCUCUGGGUGACACCGUGGAGGAGGCUUUCUAUAAGGUCUUCCACCUGCAGGCUGCGUGUGAGGUGCAGGUGUCGGCUCUGUCCAGCGCUGGAGGAACUGAGAACCUUAUUCUCCUAGAGCAAGAGAAACACCGGCCACAUGAGGUGGGCUCUGUGCAGUGGGCAGGCAGCACCUUUGGACCCAUGCAGAAGAGCCGGCUGGGAGAACAUGAAUUUGAAGCCCUCAUGAGGAUGCUGGACAACUUAGGCUACAGGACAGGCUACACAUAUCGCCACCCCUUUGUCCAAGAGAAAACCAAACACAAAAGUGAAGUGGAGAUCCCAGCCACGGUCACUGCCUUUGUGUUCGAAGAGGACGGCGCCCCAGUCCCUGCCCUGCGCCAGCAUGCCCAGAAGCAGCAGAAGGAGAAGACUCGUUGGCUUAACACACCCAACACCUACCUGCGGGUGAAUGUGGCUGACGAGGUGCAGAGGAAUAUGGGCAGUCCACGGCCAAAGACCACGUGGAUGAAAGCUGACGAGGUGGAAAAGUCCAGCAGUGGCAUGCCCAUACGGAUCGAAAACCCAAACCAAUUUGUGCCUCUCUACACUGACCCCCAAGAAGUGCUGGACAUGAGGAACAAGAUUCGAGAACAAAACCGACAAGACAUAAAGUCUGCAGGGCCCCAGUCCCAACUCUUGGCCAGCGUCAUCGCCGAGAAGAGCCGGAGCCCGUCUACAGAGAGCCAGCUGAUGUCCAAGGGCGAUGCAGAUACCAAAGACGAAUCAGAGGAGACAGUGCCCAAUCCCUUCAGCCAACUCACCGACCAGGAGCUGGAGGAAUACAAGAAGGAGGUGGAGAGGAAGAAGCUAGAACAGGAGCAGGAAGGGGAAAAGGACACAGCCACGGAAGAACGUGGAUCACCUGUAAAAUCCACCCCUGCGUCUCCAGCACAGAGUCCGACGAAGGCAGGGACCAAGAGCCCAGCGGUUUCUCCUUCCAAGGCUUCAGAGGAUGCCAAGAAGACAGAAGACAGCGAAGCCACCACGGAACCUGAGCCAACAAAACAGGAAGGGGUGGUGGUGAACGGGAAGGAGGAGGAGCCGAGUGCAGAAGAGGUCCUCAGCAAAGAACUGGGCCAGAUGACCACCAAUGCUGACACUGAUGGUGACAGCUACAAGGACAAAACCGAGUCAGUUACGAGUGGCCCCUUGUCCCCAGAGGGCUCGCCCUCCAAAUCACCCUCCAAAAAGAAAAAGAAAUUCCGAACCCCCUCCUUCCUGAAGAAGAGCAAGAAGAAGGAGAAGGUGGAAUCUUGA